AUAAAUAUUACAACAAUGCCAACAAUUAACAAUGAUAAUAAUUUAACAACUACACCAGCAAGAGUUGAACGACAACAAUUCGAUCAAAUUAUUUGGGAAGAUUAUCCAAAUCGACAUGAAAAUAUGACAUUUAAUGUAUUAAAUAUUACAAAUGAAUUACCAAUCGAAUAUGCACAACCAAUGUACGGAUAUGUUGUACCAUUUUUAUUAAUUAUAACAAUUAUAGCAAAUACAUUAAUUGUUGUGGUAUUAUCAAAACGGCAUAUGCGAACACCAACAAAUAUUGUUUUAAUGGCAAUGGCAUUAUGUGAUAUGUUUACAUUAUUAUUCCCAGCACCAUGGUUAUUUUAUAUGUAUACGUUUGGUAAUCAUUAUAAACCAUUAUCGCCGAUGGGUGCAUGUUAUGCAUGGAUGGUAAUGCAUGAGGUUUUACCAGCAUUAUUUCAUACGGCUAGUAUUUGGUUAACGUUGGCUUUGGCUACACAACGAUAUAUUUAUGUUUGCCAUGCGGCAAUUGCACGUGUAUGUUGUACAAUGGAUCGUGUUGUUAAAGCAUUGAUUGGUAUUGCGGUUGCGGCUAUAUUACAUCAAAGCACACGAUUUUUCGAUCGAGAUUAUAUGGAGGUAAAAGUUCGAUGGAAUGGUCAGUUAGAGCAAAUAUGCUGUUGGCGUGUUGCACCAUGGGUUGAAGAAUAUCUAUCGGAAGACGUCUAUUAUACAACAUACUAUGGUUUUCGUGUAAUAUUUGUCCAUUUAAUACCAUGUGUGUCGCUUGUAGUCUUAAAUGGUCUUUUAUUUCGAGCAAUGCGUCAAGCACAGCGUAGACGUGAGAUCUUAUUUAAAGAGAAUCGUAAAUCAGAAUGUAAAAAGUUACGUGAAUCGAAUUGUACAACAUUAAUGUUAAUUGUUGUAGUGUCCGUGUUCUUAUUGGUUGAAAUACCAUUAGCCGUUGUCACCAUUUUACAUAUAAUAUCAUCAACAAUACAUGAAUUUUUAAAUUAUACAAUUGCAAAUCGUUUAAUAUUAUUUACAAAUUUUUUUAUAAUUGUAAGUUAUCCAAUUAAUUUUGCAAUAUAUUGUGGUAUGUCACGACAAUUUCGUGAAACAUUUAAAGAACUAUUUAUUAGAGGUGUUGUCGUCGCAAAAACAUCAAAGAAUGGUACAACUGGUUCCUCACGAUAUAGUUUAGUAAAUGGACCACGAACAUGUACGAAUGAAACUGUUUUAUAA